AUGUCGCGCAACGUUCGUCUCGUCUCAGCAGGCCUGUUAUGGCACGUAACAACUUUAACCCUAUUGUUUUUCCUCCACGUGUCCACCGGCAGUGACGAGCUCCACUUGGAAACACUGACGCACAUUCCGUCCGCAGCCGAGCUGGGUAUUCCGCUGGAGGACAUCCCGCUGGACUGUGACUGUCCCCACAACUGGAACCCGGUUUGCGGCGACGACGGCCACACCUACCCCAACCGGUGCCUGCUGGACUGUCAAAAUUAUAGCACGCGCCAAAAGGUGACGUUUGUGCGGUACGGCGACUGUCACGAGAAGGAGUUGUGA